GCGAGAUUUGACCAAGCAGCUGCAACAGCUCAGGCGCGUCGCCGUAGCAGCGUCAGGAGGGACAGCAAGAAAGAUGGCGGCCGCGGCGGGGCGCUUGUUGGUGGCAGCGACCGGCUCCUGGGUGCGGGUGGUGCCUAGCGGCGGGCUCCACAAAGCCCCCGCGCUAACCCUGGUACCCUCGCACAGCCUCACUGUCACCCGCAGCGGCGCCAUUUUGCCCAAGCCCAUUAAAAUGCCCUUUGGUCUCCUCCGAGUGUUUAGUGUUGUGAUCCCAUUCCUGUACCUUGGGACUCAGAUCAGUAAGAACUUUGCAGCGUUGCUGGAGGAGCAUGAUAUCUUUGUUCCAGAGGAUGAUGACGAUGAUGAUUAAGGACAUGAGGACUGUAAUAGAAGCACAGAAAGGAGAAAGGCAAAGACAACAAGAUGAUUUUGACAUCGCUGUCUCCUCAUGUUCUACCAUCUUUUUAAAGAGGAAGGGAAGGGUAGUUGGACCUUCUACUCUACCACUGAAUAUUCUCUGCAUUUCUAUAAGAGGAAAAGUGUAGAUUGGGUGUGGAGGUUGCACGUACCAUAGGUCUGGUACUCUUGCAUACUGUACCUUUCACCUCCUGAGAGACUGCUUGGGGUUCCUUUCAUAAUCAGCAUGGGAAAUUUAAGUGAUUAGAUCCCAAAUAAAACAGGGAAAGACUGUAACAAA